AUGCAGGCUGUGCUCAGUGCUAAUCUAAAACUAGCCUGUCUCCGGGUGAGCCCAACCGCCAUUCUCAACGGCUUUCGAGCCGCCGCUAACUCUCUAUACAGGCUCUCAGUCAACCCUGACUGCGUCUCUGCGUUCAACGACCUCAAGCUCAAGGCCGGCCGUGGCGGUCCUAAGUACAUAAUCUACAAGAUUUCUGACGACCAGAAAGAGAUCGUUGUCGACGAGAUUGGCUCCGAGACCGACUACGAUACCUUCCGUGAGAAGUUGAUCAGCAAGAAAGAGAGCUCUGGCAAGGAUCGUCCAUCAUAUGCCAUCUACGAUGUCGAAUUCGAGCUUGAGGGCGGCGAAGGCAAGAGAUCCAAGAUUGCCUUCAUUACCUAUAUCAACCAGGAUGCCACCGGUGUAAAGUCCCGCAUGGUGUACGCCAGCUCCCGUGAAACCCUCAAGAACGCCCUCAACGGUAUCGCCAUGAACUGGCAGGCCAAUGACCCGGGUGAGCUCGAAUGGGCUGACCUCCUCAAGGAGGCCAGCAAGGGCAAAGGCACUGUUUGA